AUGGAUCCUUCAUGGGUGUCUCCCCAAUUUACGUUUUCGGGUUUCCAACAAUCACCCAACGCCUUCAAACAAAUGUCCCAAGUUCAACAAAUGCAACAAUACCAAGCACUCCAACAAUUCAUGCAACACAACUCGUUUGAACAAUUCCAAUCGCAACCGCCAACUUCCCAACCGCAACCCCCGGUUCAACUUGACGAUGAUGAUGAAGAUGUCGUCCCCAAAUCGCCACCUAAAGAGCUCAAGCGCAAAAAAGAACACGGAGAAGGGGAAGGCGAUUUAGGGAACAAUCAAACGGGUACUAGUUUUUGGAAGGCGACAACGGAAAGAUUUAACGGGAUUAUGGGGGCCGGCCCGAUGCGUGAUCUCGAUUCCGUCUCGGGCAAGUGGCGUAAAAUGAACAAGACCAUCAAUGAAUUUUGCGGGUAUUAUAACCAAAUUUACACUAAUCUUCCUAGUUGGAGUAACGACGAGGACAUUCUUAACCUUGCGUUGGCUAAAUGGGAUUCUAAAAAUUCAACGCCUUUCCCACACCUCCGAGCAUGGAACGUUUUAAAGAAAGAAAAUAAAUGGAAGCCGGUUCCAAAUGAGGUCGCAACCGUCAAACAGAGUAAAAAUUCCGAGUCCGGAAGUUAUAGUGCAGGAGGCUCCACCGCUCGUUGUCAAAUCGACAUAAACGACGACCCAAUAUAUGACGAGGAUGUGUUGCCCGUUCACGAGGUGGAACGUCCCCCCGGAAAGGACAAAUCAAAAAAAGAGGCGGCCGGAAAGCGAAAAGGGGGCGGCUCGGGUGGAGGGGGCGGCUUCGAAAAUGGACGAGUUGAUAACCGAAUUCCGUUCGUUCAAAGAGCUCGCGGCCGAAAAAUAUAG